CGGCGGCGCUCCGAGAUGUGGCGGCUCAAGAUCGCGGAGGGCGGGGGCGACCCCUGGCUGCGCACCAGGAACGCGCACGUGGGCCGCCAGGUCUGGGAGUUCGACGCCGCCGCCGACGACCCCGACGCCCUCGCCGCCGUCGAGGCCGCGCGCCGGGACUUCGCCGCCGGCAGACACCGCCUCAAGCACAGCGCCGACCGCCUCAUGCGCAUCCAGUUUGCAAAAGAAAAUCCGCUUAAGCUGGAUCUUCCUUCUAUCAAGCUGGAGGAGAAUGAAGAUGUCACUGAGGAAGCCGUGUCGACCUCUUUGAAAAAGGCCAUCAGCAGAUUUUCUACUCUCCAGGCACAUGAUGGACACUGGCCUGGGGAUUAUGGUGGUCCGAUGUUCCUUAUGCCAGGAUUGCUUAUAGCACUAUAUGUGACUGGAGCACUGAACACUGUUUUAUCAUCAGAACAUCAGAAGGAGAUCCGCCGAUAUCUCUAUAAUCACCAGAAUGAUGAUGGAGGUUGGGGAUUGCACAUUGAGGGUCCAAGCACCAUGUUUGGCUCAGCCUUGACCUAUGUUUCCUUGAGAAUACUGGGAGAGGGACCAGAUAGUGGAGAUGGUGCUAUGGAAAAAGGUCGAAACUGGAUUUUAGACCAUGGGGGAGCAACUUAUAUAACAUCAUGGGGAAAGUUUUGGCUUGCGGUACUUGGUGUAUUUGAUUGGUCUGGUAACAAUCCACUGCCACCAGAAAUAUGGAUGUUGUCAUAUCGCCUGCCAAUUCACCCGGGUCGAAUGUGGUGUCACUGCCGAAUGGUGUACCUACCCAUGUGCUACGUUUAUGGAAAGAGAUUUGUCGGCCGAAUUACACCACUUAUAUUGGAACUAAGAAAUGAACUCUACAAAACCCCCUACAGCGAGAUUGAUUGGGACAAUGCUCGUAAUCUUUGUGCUAAGGAAGAUCUGUACUAUCCACAUCCAAUGAUACAGGAUAUAUUAUGGGCCACCCUCCAUAAAUUUGUCGAACCAGUUAUGACGCAUUGGCCAGGAAACAAACUGAGGGAGAAAGCUUUGAACCAUGUCAUGCAGCAUGUUCAUUAUGAAGAUGAGAACACCCGAUACAUUUGCAUUGGUCCUGUGAACAAGGUACUGAAUAUGCUUGCUUGUUGGAUUGAAGAUCCAAAUUCGGAAGCAUUCAAGCUCCAUAUUCCAAGAAUCCAUGAUUACUUGUGGGUUGCUGAAGAUGGCAUGAAGAUGCAGGGUUAUAAUGGCAGCCAGCUCUGGGACACAGCUUUCGCAGUCCAAGCUAUUGCGGCUACUGGCCUCAUUGAUGAGUCCGCUCCCACUCUUAAGCUAGCACAUAACUACAUUAAGAACUCUCAGGUUCUUGACGACUGCCCUGGAGAUCUGAGUUAUUGGUACCGUCACAUAUCUAAAGGCGCAUGGCCUUUUUCUACUGCUGAUCAUGGUUGGCCUAUAUCAGAUUGCACCGCAGAAGGACUAAAGGCUGCAUUAGUGCUAUCAAAGAUUUCUCCAGAAAUUGUGGGUGAACCAGUUGAAGUUAACAGACUUUAUGAUGCCGUCAAUUGUCUUAUGUCUUAUAUGAAUGAUAAUGGUGGCUUUGCAACAUAUGAGCUGACAAGGUCUUAUGCCUGGCUAGAGCUUAUCAACCCUGCCGAGACCUUCGGGGACAUUGUGAUUGAUUACCCGUACGUGGAAUGUACUUCAGCAGCAAUUCAGGCCCUGGCAUCAUUUAAAAAGCUCUAUCCUGGACACCGCAGGAAAGAUGUAGAUUACUGUAUCAACAAAGCUGCUAAUUACAUAGAGAGUAUUCAAAGAAGCGACGGUUCAUGGUAUGGCUCUUGGGCUGUUUGUUUCACCUACGGCACAUGGUUUGGAGUGAAGGCAUUAGUUGCUGCUGGUAGGACGUUUAAGAGUAGUCCUGCAAUCAGGAAGGCAUGUGACUUUCUGAUGUCAAAAGAGCUUUCUUUCGGUGGCUGGGGAGAAAGUUAUUUGUCAUGUCAAGAUCAGGUUUACACCAAUCUUGAAGGCAAGCGAGCUCAUGCAGUCAACACUGGUUGGGCCAUGCUGACCCUAAUUGAUGCAGGACAGGCUGAGAGAGACCCGACACCUCUGCAUCGAGCAGCGAAGGUUUUGAUCAACUUACAAUCAGAGGAUGGGGAAUUUCCUCAACAAGAGAUCAUGGGAGUCUUCAACAAAAACUGCAUGAUCAGUUAUUCUCAGUACAGGGACAUCUUCCCCGUCUGGGCACUCGGAGAGUACCGUUGCCGAGUCUUGGCUGCCGGCAAGAAAUAGUACCACAUUUCUCGGGCCAGAGCAUAUGGCUAUGUGCAUCCCAUCAUUGUGGUUCUAUUUGUUUGGGGUGUACAUGCUAGAACAGUGUAUUUUUGUAAUAAUGUAGCUAUGUUCAGGUUAGAUAUCGGCAUCCCCUUUGUUGAAGAAGUAGAGAAAUAAAUUAGUCUGUACAUCCAAAUCCGGUGAAGGUUACUCUAAAGGGGGUAUGUAUGGAUACUGCCUGUGAAGGGCGUCGGGUUUCUCGGUGCAAUUUGAUCCUGAGAAAGUUUGUACAUCUGAAUCGGGUGAAAAUUACUGCACCUGAAGGGGUAUGUCUACCAGUGAAUGGCAUCAGGUUUCUUGGCGCAGUUCUUGCCCUGUUAAUCUAAGAGUCCGCCACUUUUCUUUUGAAGGAAAGAAGUUACUCCUUA